CUCCUCCUCCAACUCUGUCUCCGUCUCUGUCUGGCGCUCUCUCUCUCUCUCUCUCACUCAAGCCCUAAUUUCUGCAAUUUCUUACAUAAUUUUUUUCCAUCCGCGUCAUCCAAUUUCUCGCUCAAUUCCCCUUCCUCCGCGUCUCCUGCCCACCGAAGGUACGCGAUCAGUCUUUCGAUUCUUGAACAGUCUGUCUCGGGGCGGUUCGUGUCUGUCUGGGUCAUUGAAGGUUUGAUCCGUUCUGGGAUUUUCCUGACGUCGUGCCCGUUUAGAAAGUUUCCAUUUUUUAGGCAGAAGAAAGAUGGGGUCGGAGACGACUGCUUCAUCGGGGGAGGCAUCGGGAGGCAGGGCUUCCCCUCGCAAAAAGAAUCCAGCUAAAAUUCCCAAAAGAAUUCACAAGGCGGAGAGGGAGAAACAGAAGCGUGAACACUUGAAUGAGCUUUUCCAAGAUCUUGUAAAUGCUCUUGAACUGGCUCAACCAAACAAUGGGAAGGCCUCCAUUUUAUGCGAAGGUACUCGAUUUUUGAAAGAAAUAUUCGGCCAGAUCGAGAGUCUCAAAAAGGAGAAUGUCUCGCUUUUAUCUGAAUCUCAUUAUGUGACUGUCGAGAAAAACGAGCUGAGAGAGGAAAACUCCGCCUUGGAAGCUCAGAUAGAGAAGCUGGAGGAUGAACUUAGAGCAAGGGUAGCUGAGAGUAAACCCGACCUUAAUGUUCCCGCACCCCUCGAGUGUCAGCCACAGCCCGAAUACCCUGGCAUAGAGCCCACAAUGCAGCAGCCACCUGCAGUCUUGAUCGUGCCCGUUCAUCCAGACCUCCCGUCAUCAUAUCCCAUGCAGGCCUCGCAGGUGAGCAAGCCUCACGCGAGGUAUCCAACGCCAGCAGACUCGUGGCCAUCCCAGCUCCUCCUCAGGGAGCAAACAAACCAGAGAAUAGAGCUUCAGCUUGAUGAUAGUGGCAACCAUAGUUCCAGCAAUAGGGAGAGGGGGUCGGAUUAAUAUAUGUAGAGCUUCUUGCUCGGAACAUUGCGGGGAUAUGUUCAUGUAUCUCUGCAAUUAUUCGAGUAAUUCGUUUUCUGUUCAUCGGCAUUCUCAUUUCGGAUGGUCUGUGCAUAUGUUGGAGAUGAAUGAAGUAGGUUGGUGGUGGUGGUAGUGAUGCGGCUCUUUUGGCUGUUUCUAUCACUAUUGGAUUUAUUAG